AUGGUGUUGGCAAUCACAGAAGUCCGACGUUCGAGCCCUAACUGUAUGUACCCCUGUACGCUAUCCGCGGCUACCACCACCAAUGCCAUUAACACUGGCGUCACCACCAUCCUCCCUCGCAGAGACUGGUUCCACUCUGCCUGCUACGCGGGCUACUUCCGCUUUAAUGGCUCCGGCGAACUAAUGGGCAGCCACUGGCUUGAUGAAACAGGACUGCCUAACUCGCCCAUCGUGCUGAUCAAUUCCUUCGCGGUGGGCGCAUGCUGUUCCGGGAUUUACGAGUAUGCGGUUCGCGAGUAUGCGGAUAAGAAAACGGGGUUGGUGAAUUGGUUUCUCCUGCCGGUUGUCGGGGAGACGUGUGAUUCGUUUUUGAGUGAUAUUAGGGCGAUGGCGGUUACGUCGGAUAUG